AUGAGCGCACUCAUCCAGUUGCGUGAUUCAACAGGUGGAUUCAUACAAGCUCGCGCUUUACUUGACACCUGUGCAACAGCUAAUUUCAUUACUGAAAAUUUGUCUAGCAAAUUAAAAUUGCCAAUGCAAAACUGUUCUAUUCCGAUCGGGGCUGUUAAUGGAAUGCAAACCUUUUCAAAACAUGUCGUUCAAAUAAGUUGUAAAUCUUUAAAUAAUAAAUUUCAAAGAUCAUUAUCAUUUUUAACUGUUAACGAAAUUGCAGAGCUGAGUCCAAAUGAAAUCUUUCCACGUAAUAAAAUAGACAUACCUAAAAAGAUAAUACUUGCUGAUCCGGAAUUUCAUAUACCAAGACCCGUAGAUGUCCUUAUCGGUUCAGGUACCACACUUUCUCUUCUAUCUGUCGGACAGAUUAACUGCUCACAAAAUGAUUGUGAUUUAAUAUUACAAAAAACGCAACUAGGAUGGGUUGUAGCGGGAGGAGUCAUUGACGACAAAAAUAUACUUUCUGUAACUUGUCAACUAACUGAUCUGUCGAGUCAAUUAACAAAAUUCUGGACUAUUGAAGACGUAAGUUCUAGUGAUUCCCGAUCUAUUGAGGAUUCUACAUGUGAGACUUAUUAUCAAAACACUACUAUUCGCGAUACAGACGGUCGAUAUAUAGUAAAACUACCCUUUCGCGCAGACGAUGUCGAGUUCGGGAAUUCCAAACAAAAGGCUCUAAAUAGAUUUCUGUCUUUACAGAAGAGAUUAAAUUCAGACUCAUCAUUAAAAUCCGAAUACAAUAAAGUCAUGAAUGAAUACAUCAAUCUUGGCCACAUGGUAGACGUACCGGAUGAUAGUGGACCAGGGUAUUACAUGCCCCAUCAUCCGAUAAUAAAAACAUCCAGCACUACCACUAAGGUACGCGUUGUAUUUGAUGCUUCAGCUAAAACCGAUAAAGGUAUCUCCUUGAAUGAAGUCUUACUAACAGGGCCUACUAUACAAGAUAAUCUUUUCACCAUUCUCUUACGUUUUCGCACUUUUGUCUAUGCUAUGACUUCUGAUAUCGCUCAAAUGUAUCGACAAAUUUGCAUACAUCCGGAUCAUCAUAAAUUUCAACGAAUCCUUUAUUAUCAUAAUGACAAAAUUAGUACCUUUGAACUUAAACGAGUUACAUUUGGGGUUUCUGCAGCUCCAUUUCUAGCUAUACGCACUGUAAAUCAACUUGCUGAUGACGAAUCUCAUAAUUUUCCUGUAGCUUCAAAAAUAUUAAAACGAGAUCUUUAUGUCGACAACUUAUUAACCGGAUCCAAUUCUUUGACCGAAAUUUUAAAUUUGCGUGACGAAAUCAUUCAACUAGUGCGAAAGGGUGGAUUUGAACUCAGACAAUGGGCUUCGAAUCACCGACACGCACUGGAUAAUUUCGAUCAAAGAACCUUAGAUUUAGAUUGUGCUAUUAAUGAUGAUCCUAUCUCUAAAACUUUGGGCAUAGCAUGGAAUUCUCUAACUGACGAAUUUAUCUAUACAGUCAAAUCAAACGAUUCAUCACGAAAAAUAACUAAACGAACCAUUUUAUCUGACAUUGCAAAAAUUUUCGAUCCUAUCGGAAUUCUAGGUCCUAUUGUAUUAGCUGCAAAAACCAUCAUUCAAGAAUGUUGGAAAUUAAAGGUCCAUUGGGAUGAAACGGUCCCACAAGAAUUGCAUUUGCGCUGGUGUAAAUUUGCUGAACAAUUACCCCUAAUCAAAGACUUUUCUGUUGAACGAAAUAUUUUAAUUCCUGAUCCGUCUGACAUACAAUUGCAUGGAUUUUGUGAUGCUAGUAGAGUAGGCUAUGGUGCUUGCAUUUAUAUAAGAUCAGUGAAUAAACAUGGAGACGUAAUCGUGAAAUUAGUUUGUUCCAAAUCUCGAGUUGCUCCCAUUAAAGAUGUUACAAUUCCAAAAUUAGAGUUAUGUGGAGCAUUAUUACUUGCUAAAUUAUAUAAAGACACAAUUCCUUCAUUUAACGUUGACAUAUCUAAAGUCACAUUUUGGUCUGAUUCAACUAUUGUACUUCAAUGGCUCAAACGAUCUCCCAGCACUCUCAAGGUCUUUGAAGCGAAUCGCGUUACACAAAUUCAAACCCUUUGCAGUAAAAUCGAAUGGCGACAUGUCAGAACCAAGGAUAACCCGGCAGAUUGCUUAUCUAGAGGUCAACUUCCUUCUAAAUUUCUAAAUAACAAAAUGUGGUUGAUAGGUCCUACGUGGCUAUCACAGGAUCCUCUCAAUUGGCCUAACUUAAAGCCGGCAGUUCUUUCUGAACUUCCUAGUGUUUGA